AAACAAAGACACCGAAAAAUUAAUUAUCAGUGUAAUCAAUCAUUUCAUUUCAUUAUUAUUAUUGGUCUUCCUUUGUCUCGUUCCUACAAAAUUCCCAUGGCGGCCUUCACCACCCGCCUUACCACGCGCGCGUCCUUCAUCUCUUCCGUCGCAAGGCGCUACCUCUCCUCCGAGCUCAACUCCCACGCGCCUCCGUACACCUCUGCGCCAUUCCGUCUUGUUGCUCCGCGUGGUGAAGAUCAGAAGAACAGUCACGUACGGUGGGUCUUCCUCGGUUGUCCUGGCGUCGGGAAAGGCACCUACGCUAGCCGUCUUUCAAAUCUCCUUGGUGUUCCUCACAUCGCCACUGGUGAUCUCGUUCGUGAAGAGCUCUCUUCAUCUGGUCCACUUUCUUCCCAGCUAUCAGAAAUUGUAAAACAAGGUCAAUUGGUGUCAGAUGAAAUUAUUAUAAAUUUAUUAUCAAAGAGACUCGAUGAUGGGGAAGCUAAAGGAGAACUGGGAUUUAUUCUUGAUGGUUUUCCUCGAACAAUAAAGCAAGCAGAAAUAUUGGAAGGGGUAGCUGACAUUGACUUGGUUAUCAAUCUGAGGCUUCCAGAAAAUGUACUGCUUGAGAAAUGCCUUGGCAGGAGGAUUUGCAAUCAGUGUGGGGGAAAUUUUAAUGUUGCUUCUAUUGACAUUAAGGCCGAGAAUGGGAUCCCUGGAAUUGUCAUGGCUCCGCUUCUUCCACCUACAGAUUGUAUGUCAAAGCUCAUUACUCGAUCAGAUGAUACUGAAGCAGUUGUCAAAGAAAGGCUUCGAAUAUACAAUGAAACGAGUCGGCCUGUGGAGGAGUUCUACCGCAGUAGAGGAAAAUUAUUGGAGUUUAACCUGCCUGGAGGAAUUCCAGAAUCUUGGCCGAAGUUGCUACAUGCUCUUAAUCUUGAUGAUUACGAGGAUAAGCACUCUGCUGCAGCAUAAAGAUAUAAUAAGAAUAAUGUACCAUAUUUCAUUCUUUGCAUGCAUAUAAUGCAUGCUUGACAAUUUUGCAGGAAAGAAAACCAAAGAAAAGGGAUUUCUCUAUUAGUAGUAGUAUUUUCAACCAAUACUGAUAUUGGAACUGUUGUAAUCUGAUAAAAACUGAUAGGGUUGGGUUUUCUUUCCUUUUUAAAUUUGCUUAAAUGGGUAGGAUUUCAGUGCUUUUAAAGUUAUUGUGAAGUGUGAGGUAAUCACAUUGCUUCAUAGAUAGUGUGGGCAAUCGAUAAGCUUCAAUAGAUCUGGUGCAUCCCUACUGUAUAGUUGUAACUUGAAUGCGAAUGAACUAAUCUAUUGGCAUUGAAACAUUUUGAGGUUA